UUCCGGUGUUGCCGACCAGUUCGUGCGAUCUUUACAGAAAUGUCUACCCUUCGUGUUGCUUUGGUGCAGUUGUACGGCCGUCCAACGAAGAAGGAGUGCAUCACGAACGCGAUCACACAGAUCCGGCUAGCAAAGGAUCGCGGUGCACGGUUGAUCAUCCUGCCGGAGUGCUUUAACUCACCGUACAGUACGUCCGAGUUUGGACGCCAUGCCGAGGAGAUUCCGCGUGGCGAAACAAGCCAAGCACUCGCCAAGGUAGCUGCCGAGCUGGGUGUAUAUCUGGUCGGUGGAACAUACCCGGAACGUGAAGGCACUAAGCUGUACAACACCUGCCCGGUGUUUGGCCCGAAAGGCGAACUGUUGUGCAAGUACCGGAAGAUGCAUCUCUUCGAUAUGGAUAUCCCUGGGCGGUGCACUUUCCAGGAAUCGUCCGCCCUGGCCGCAGGCGAUCGUUUCGCAACAUUUUCCAUCGGUACACUGAAGAUUGGUGUUGGCAUUUGUUGGGACAAGCGGUUCCCCGAGUUGACGGCGUGCUAUCGUGAGCUGGGCUGUGAUAUGAUGAUCUUCCCGUCGGCGUUCGAUCCGUACACCGGACCACUGCACUGGGAGCUGCUGGGACGCGCGAGAGCUCUCGACAAUCAGAUGUUUGUGGCGCUAGUGUCACCGGCACGGGAUCCAACGACCGACUACGUUGCGUACGGUUAUUCACUGAUGUGCGAUCCUUGGGGUCGAGUGUUGUGCCGGGCAAAGGAAGAGCAGGAACUGCUAAUCACUGACAUCGAUCUCAAGCUGUGCGAUGAGAUUAAGCAACAGAUACCGAUCCUACGACAAAAGCGUACCGAUAUUUACGAACUAAAGGCUAAGAAGUAGUCAGUUUUAUUUGGAGCCCUCUUAAUGGGCAAUAACGAGCCACUAAAUAAAUCCUAACAAUCAUACCUCACUACCACGAGUUGCGAAUUCACUCAACCGCACCCUUGUCUUGGGUCUUUUCCGGUAUCAAAAAAAAAGGGAAAAGUGUUUGUGCUUCUUGUCCUGUACUUGUUUCCACUACGGCGACCACGGAUCGCAACCCAUCCGUGACGAAGUGGCAUUGAAAUAAAAGGUGCAACAAGGGGAAAAGAUCACUGCCACCGAU